GAUUAAUCGGCAGCGUAUCUGGUGCAAGCACUUAUCUUGGCAGUAUGCAGCUCUAGCGAUAUUCAUGGCGAUCCUAAUCAUUGGAAUCAUUACUUUACUCUUCUAUGUAACAGCAAAGGGCCAGCAUGACCUGUCUUAUUCCAAAGCAGAGCCUGUUCGUCAAGGAGAUCAAGCAAUUAUCUUUCCUUUUCAAGUAGACCAAUACACAAAAGUGGUCCAGCCUUGUCCAAGGCAUUACUUUCCUUGCAAUUCAUCGAGGCAGUGCCUGAUUUUGGACAAGAGAUGUGAUGGCGUUGUUGACUGCCCAAAUGCUGAAGACGAGUUGCGCUGUGCCUGUGCCUUUCGCAUGCCAGAAGCGAAAUUUUGUGACAAGUACCCCGACUGCUUCGAUGAAAGUGAUGAAAAUUUUUGCUCUUAUUGUCCUGAGGGUUAUUUUAACUGUGGAAAUGGAUAUUGUGUUCCAAGAGACAAAGUCUGUGAUUCCGAAGUGGAUUGUGAAAAUUUCAUGGAUGAAAACUUUUGCUUCGUAUUAUCAUCAAAAGCCGGAAUUGCUACAGUAGACGGCAACUUACCUUCAAGUUCUAUAAACAAGAUUGAGCAUUCAAGGAGUGGUUUUCUCUUAAGGAACAAAAAUGGCGUCUGGUAUCCUGUAUGCGCCAACCCUCAUGACUACAUGCAAGAUGCCUUGGCUUCAUUUGCUUGUGUCAGUAUAACAGCAAAUCCACUCGCAAGUAGUAAACACCGAUUUUUGAAAUUCGAUCAGAGGAAUGCUACUGGUGACUACAUUUACCAUUAUCUUGGAAGAUUCGUCCAAUGGCAAGGGUGUUUAACUGACAAGGGAAUAUUUGUGUCAUGUGAUGACGUUCGAUGUGGCCUAAAUCCAAAGCAUUUCCUUCCUAGAAGACCUAGAGGUAGAAUUGUUGGUGGUGAAUUAUCUGAACCAGGGGCAUGGCCCUGGCAUGCAGCUAUUUAUAAAAAUGGCUCAUAUGCGUGUGGGGCAACUCUAAUUAACGACUUCUGGUUCAUUUCCGCGGCUCACUGUUUUGUCAACCAUAGAUAUAAUUACUAUGAAAUACAAGUCGGGAUGCUUCGACGUCGAUCAUUUACCCCGCACCAAAAAACCUACAGAAUUGAAAGGGUUAAAAUUCAUCCUAAAUUCAACAUCAUUACACUGGAAUAUGAUAUUGCUCUGUUGAAAACAGCAACUGAAGUAGUGUUCGAUUUCUGGGUUAGGCCUAUAUGUCUACCCGAUCCCAAGAGGACUGAGAACUCUGGUACUUUCUGUACAGCGAUUGGUUGGGGAGAUACUGGGGAAUUAGAAGACGAUUCCGAUGAUCUCCAGGAAGUCCAUGUGCCACUUACCAAAAACUGCAAGAAGAAUCUAAAUAGAUGGUUAUGUGCUGGUUUUGUCGAAGGUGGUCGUGACGCUUGCCAAGGUGACAGUGGGGGACCUCUCAUGUGCUUAGAUGAAAGUGGAUUGUCUUGGUACAUCGCUGGCGUUAUCAGUGGUGGGACAGGGUGUGCGAGACCCGAUACUCCGGGAAUGUAUACAAGAGUCCUGUAUUUCUUAGAUUGGAUAGAAGAGACCCUGCAUUCCUCUAAUGUAUCUGAUGUUCCACCGCGUUCAACUUGUCCUGGAUGGAACUGUGCUGUUUUAGGCGGUGGAUAUUGUCUUAAAAGAGACAGAGUUUGUGAUGGGAGAGUAGAUUGUUAUGAUGCUCAGGAUGAAGCUAAUUGUCCUCCGAUUGAAGAGAGACGUUCAUUUCCUUAAUGGAUUCCAUUAUUAAAAAUAGCUUUUCCCAUGAAAUUCCAUUUAUGUAUACGGAUUCUGAAAAGGAUUAUUGCUUGUGGGGAUCAUUUACUAACAUGUCGUAUAUUAUUCUGUAAGAUUUAAAACCUAAAAUCUCUAUCUUAGAGUUAAAAUAGCUAACUCUUAAUUAGUUUUUUAAAUUUUAGAAAUUCGUUCACAAUUUCUUCUUGUUUUAAAUUUUACUACAAGGAUUUUUUCCUAAUGUUUUAGUGAAAUCAGUUAUAUUUAAAGUUAUUUGCAUAUCUUUUCAAGAUACAUUGAGACAUUUAACUGCAGUUCUAGAAUUUUAGUGCAUCUCUUCUAGCUAUAAAAAAAAAUACAAAUUUCGAUUUUUUUUAUCAUUUAAAUUUGAAUUAAAUUCUUCGUUAAAAGAUAUAUGUAUUUUAAAUCCGUUAAUAUUUUUUAAAAUAAUUGCUCUUUGUGUUAACGAUAUUUUAAGGAUCGUCUCAGGUGGCUUAUUGUCAUAUAAAAUGAUGUAUGAUUUACAUUUUAAAUAUUUUACUAUUUCGAUAUGUUAUUGCUUUCUAAAUAUAGUCUGUAGGAAUGUUUUAAAAAAGUGUAUAUUUUUGUUUUGUUUUUGUGAAAACAUCUAACAACAAAGUUGUAUAAAAUUAUACUUUUUUGGAGUUUGUUAUAUUUUUGAAUGCUUAAAUGGGUUUCAUAUCAUGAAGUUUCUCAGAUUUGUUAAAUGAGUAAAUUCCCGAACGAGUUAAGUCAUUUGAGUUAUAAGAUAUAUAUAAAAAGAAAAGUCAUUAGGAAUAAUUACAUCUUUUGUCAGUUUUACUAAUUUUACUUGCAUUACUUGUUUUAGUUGUUCGUUCUACUGCUUUGUUGUGAUUUUAAAAUAAAUAUAAAAGCUUUCUUAAAGGUUUCAUUGACUAUUUAUGAUGUCAUCAUGUCUGUAAUUUCUUUAAAGUUUUCAUUAAAUAUUUAUACCAUUA